GCCAUGAGGUUCAGAGCGGCCAACAGAGGCAGAUUUCACCUCUUGCUGGCACUGGGCGUGACCACAGUCGCUUUGAGUCUAUGGAAGAAGGCCAUAACUUCACCGGGUGUGGAAGUCAGGAGCAUGACCGCUAGUUUGUCAGAGUCUGUCCCACCUGAAUCAUAUUCGGAAUCAGAAAUGUAUGAAGAACCUGAAGAAGUAAACGAAAGCACAGAUGAAGGAGUAGACUUGGAAAAAAAUCAAGAAGUAGAUGGAGAAGAUGCCGACAUGGAUGAAGAUGCAGAUGAAGCAGAGAUCGCUCAGCGUCUCAGGGAACUCGGUCUGACUCUUCGUAAUUACACUCUUCCGGGAUGCCCCUGCGCCAGGCUGGGCAUCGACGUGGGCGACCUCCGGCGGGCGCGGGCGGAGGCCGAGCGGCGCCCCGAGAGGUUCCCGCGCUGGUUCCUCCGCCGCUUCGCCUUCGCCGGCGAGUCCACCUGCUCGGACUUCGCCACGCAGCGCGGGGGGCGCCAGAGGGUCCUGUCCUUCUGCUACUUCACCUACAGGGGGUUGACUCUGCCUGGAAGCAAAGAACAGAGGAAAUACAUGAGUUUCGCCUACAUGAACGCCAGAGAUAUCAAGAGAAUCUACCCCGGCUGGCUGAUGAGGAUCUACCACAGCGUGACCGCCGAGGACCUGCUUGGCACCGAGGGGCUGUGCCGCGUCUACUGCGACCACCCGCACGUCGACCUGUGUCCGGCACAUGACCUCCCCGGCGUGGGAAAUUUGUUGAAAAGAGGUGUGUAUGGCAGGCUCUGGCGUUACACUCCCAUGGGAGACUCAACUGUUGCAGCAUUUCAUUGUCGGGAUAUUGACAGUUACGUCCUGGAGAGAGACGCAGCGGCUGUGAGAGAAUGGCUAAGAUCAGGCAAGACUUACCAUGCUAUCCAUGACCAUCCAGGCAAUAUAGCUGUUCUUAUGGGAGGGCUUUGGGGCGGACUGAAUAAGGAUCUGCAGCUCAUGAGGCGCCUGAGGGACACCAUGUAUAACACAACGGCGAUCGUCAGAAAAUCACUUGAUCAGAAGCUUCUCAGGAGGAUAGUUUGGCCUGAGAUUCAGCACGACCUCCUGAACCACGCGAGUUACCCCUGCCAGCACCCUGAACUCGGGCCGACGGUGCCACUUCCGACCAGGAGAGUAGGGAGGGAGUACUGCGGCCUCAGUGCCUUCAACCCGAACCUGUCCCUUCCUAUUCUGAAUACCGACUGCCCCGUAGAAUGCCGGCCGAAGGAACACUUGGACUGGAUAAAGUGCUGAGACUGGACUCAAAUAUUGAAGAAAUUUUUUUUUAAUCACCACUAACCAAUCAUAAAAAAUGCUGAACGAAAAGUCACGGUCAUCCUAAUGUGUCUGAACCAACUUUUCUUCUUCGUUAAUGUAAUGAAAGACUUAAAAUAAUGUCAAAUCAUUGUGGGUAAAUAUAAUGAAAUUGAAGACUAAAUAAAAACAAAACAAAAAUUCA